AUGACGUCUGCCGACUCUGAGACUCAACCUGGCCAGGAGCAGCACGUUCCGCUCUAUCGAGGUUCCUGUCACUGCGGCUUUGUUACCUAUGAAGCGCGCAUCAACUUUAAAGAACCCACAGCUGAAGCUUCGGACGGCGUGCUCUGCAGGUGCAACUGCAGCUACUGUCUCAAAGCCGGAUUAUUGAUUACGGAGCCGUUAAAAGACUCAUUUCGGCUGCUGACGCCAGGGAACGGCGACGACGGGAAGCCAAAACUUCCCGUGUACAAAUUCGGCUCCGGUGCUGUUUCACACCUCUUCUGUCCCCACUGCGGCGUGACCUGUCAUUAUUACGGUUCGUACCUGACAGAUGAAGGCGAGACGGUUCCAUUUACGCGGCUUAAUGCACAAACUGUUGAUGGGCGCGUGGAUGGGAUGCAGAUGGAGAGCCUGAAACAAAUUAAGCCUAAGUACUGGGAUGGGAAGUCUAAUGGCUGGCACAAGGGCACGAGUGAGGAGCCAUGGGACGGAGGCGUAUGGUAA